CAGAAGGUUCUGGUGAUGGAGUACUGUUCUGGAGGCAGCCUACUGAACCUGCUGGAGGAGCCUGAAAAUGCCUUCGGUUUGCCAGAGGCUGAGUUUCUCAUUGUGCUAAAGUGUGUCGUCAAUGGAAUGAACCACUUGCGUGAGAAAGGGGUGGUUCAUCGUGACAUCAAGCCUGGAAACAUCAUGAGACAAGUGGGUGAGGAUGGCCGCUCCAUCUAUAAGCUGACAGACUUUGGUGCUGCCCGUGAGCUGGACGAUGAUGAAAAGUUUGAGUCCAUAUAUGGCACUGAGGAGUACCUGCACCCAGACAUGUAUGAGCGUGCUGUGCUGAGAAAGCCACAGCAGAAAGCCUACGGUGUGACAGUGGACCUCUGGAGCAUUGGUGUCACCUUCUACCAUGCUGCUGCUGGCAGCUUGCCCUUCAUACCGUAUGGUGGCCCACGCAGGAACAAACAGAUCAUGUAUAGAAUUACCACAGAGAAGCCCAGAGGUGCUAUUGCUGGAGUGCAGAAAGUGGAGGACGGUCCCAUUGAAUGGAGUUACUCCCUGCCUCAUAGCUGCCAGCUCUCAGAGGGUCUUAAAGCCCAGCUGGUUCCAGUGCUGGCUAGCAUCCUGGAGGCCAGCCAGGACAAGUGCUGGGGCUUUGACCAGUUCUUUGUUGCUACAACAGACAUCCUUCACCGCGUCGGUGUCCACGUAUUCUCCCUGCAGCAGGCCUCAGCACACUGUAUCUACAUCCAUUUCUACAACACGGUCUCAGUUUUCUUGGAGGAGGUCCAGGCUCAGACUGGAGUAGAACCUGAAUUUCAGCAAUACUUCUACCAGGGUCAUCCCCUCCUCCUGGAGCGCAAUAUGAAAGUGGUCAACCUCCCCCCCACCUCCGCGGACCGGCCCAUCUUCCUGAUCAGCAGACGGGUUGAGAAGAUUGUGGGACUGCUCCACCGAGAACCUGAGGCACCUGUGAUGCCUACGAGAUUUGAUGUAAUGGCAGACUACAUUUUCUCCAAGACCAUUGUUGGGGUCAUUCACCAGUACCUCCGGAUCGCUCGUUCCCUACAGAAGUACAGGGCGCUUCUUCUGCAGGGAUUCUAUAGUUACAUUGAGAACACCCGCCUGGAAUGCACAAACACAGCACACAAGAUUUCCAUGGUCAACAUGAAGUUCAUGUCCUGCCUCAGCGUAGAGAACAAGCUUCAGUCCCUAAAACAGUUUCCGUUACAGUUCCCUGACAUCCCAGACAACACAAAGAAACUUCGUUUGAUCCAGGACACCCUUCCUAUUUACGGCAGUGGAAUCAGAGAAUUCCAGAGCAAACUGCACCACCUGCAGGUGGAAUUCUCCAAACUCUCUGAGGUGUUGGCUGAAGACAAAAGUUUACAGAAGAUGGAAGUUCUGCUUGGAAAAAUUAAGUCUGUACACCAGCAGUAUCGGAAGGACAAACUGACAGGCAAGCUCUCUUACAACGAUGAGCAGAUUCACAAGUUUGAAAAGAUCAAUCUGUCCUCGCACAUCAAAAGGGUGAAGUCUCUCUUCAGAGACGACUGCAUACAGAAGUACAAUGAUGUACUUGCCACGGCUGAAAAUUGGGCCAGUGUGCUGCUCGAGAUACAGACUAGGUUAGAGGAAUGCAGCAGUUUUUUCCUCCAACUAAUGGGAGAUCUGCAAAUGUGUGAGGACUGCCAGGGCAAGGUUUUGGAUGGAGUUUUGGCGAAAGCGCUUCAGGAGUCAGUAGGAUCAGAAGGCACAGAUAAACUAAAGAGUAAAGACCACAUGAUUCUCAGAAUGAAACGCCUGAAAGAUGAAAUGCAGGCUGUGGCAAGAGAACUACAAAAUAACAACAGCAUGAUCGAAAGCCUGGGAGCAAUGAAUGUCAAGAUGAUGCUAGACCCCACUAUACCUCAACCCAAGGGACAAUGAAGACAUUGGGGAA